AUGCCCCGUGGAAAGAAGAGUAAGGAACGUGCUCAAGAGAGACGUGACCAAAACAGAGUUCAGCCCCAGGAGCUCAAAGCUUCUCUGGGCAGGACAGGAGAAGAAGGAGAGUUGCCCUGCUGCUCUGCACAUGCUUCUGGAGAUGCUCAUGCCAGCACGUCUACUGCUGCCUUCCCACACAUGUCCCAGUCAUCUGUACCACCCACCAAUGCUGGUACAGGCAUUACCCUCCAAAGGUCUGGUAAACGGAUCAAGGGCCAAGUCACCUCCAGGGCCAGAUCAGCUGGGUCUCGCUGCUCCAGUGAGGGAGCAAAGAAUGAUCUUGUACAUAGCAAGACCAAAAAGCUGAUGGAUUACAUGCUCAGCAAGUACAAAAUGAAUGAGCCCUUUAUGAGGGGAGAAAUGGUGAGAGUCAUCAACAAAAGAUUCAAGGAACAAUUCCCUGAGAUCCUCGAGGGUGCCUGCCACCUCUUGGAUGUGGGUUUUGGCCUUGAGUUGGAAGAAGUGCAGCCCAAGGGCAAGUCGUUCAAACUGGUCAGCAAGCUAUAUCUCAACGAUGAUGGGAGUGACUGCAGCCAUCUGGGAAUGCCCACCAUGGGCAUUCUGAUUCCCGUCCUGAGUUUCAUCUAUUUAAAUGAGCACUGUGCCCCUGAGGAGAAAAUCUGGCUACUCCUGAAUCAACUAGGUAUCUAUGAUGGGAUCCCACACAUCAUUCUUGGAGAUGCCAGGAAGGUCAUCACCCAUGAUCUAGUGCAGGAAAAGUACCUGGAGUACCACCUUGUUCCCCAUACUGACCCACCCACCUAUGAAUUUCUGUGGGGCUCACAAGCUUAUACUGCAAAAUGCAUGGAGAAAGUCCUGGAAUUUGUGGCCAAGUACAAAGAAUACGUUGCACACUGUGAUUCAGCCCCCUAUGAAGAUGCCUGGUGGCAAGAGGAAGAAAAAGGCAAAGCUGAGUGUGCAGCCAAGGGUGGUACCAAAGACAAGGCCAAAGGACAUUCUAAGGGCAAGUCCAGCCGCUCUAAGAAGAAGUGA